AUGGACGAGAGCGAAGCAGGCAAGAAGAAGAAGAAGAAGAGCAAGAGGAAAGAUAAGGACGUGCUGGGGGAAAGCAGCACCGAAAAGAUUGAUGAGGAAGGAGAAGCGGCGACCGAGGCGAUGGUUGUGGACGAAGCUCCUCUCAGCGUGGAGGCUGCCGCGGUGGUGGAUGUUCCCUUGUCCCCCACUGCCGUGGUCGUCGACUUACCUCCGUCCACCGACAUGGAAGAGGAGAAGAACGCCGAACCCUGA